CACAAUAAUUAGGACGCAGUAUCUUCGGCUCCUCAUCUCAAUCGUCGGUAACGACAAUGAGCGGGACUUGCAAGUACUCGUGUGACACUGCCACACACACCCUGCAAUGGAUCAACGCCAUCAUCGACUUCCUCAGACCCUAUGCCUUCUUGAUACACACUCACGUGGUCAAUUUCUUCAAGGAUAGACAGUGGGAAGCUGUUGAUAAAGAAUGGAUGGAUUGCCUGAGGAAGGACCCUGUUGAAAAUCUUCUGCUUAUUCCUUCUGGAGUGGUCCAGGAUCACUGGCCUGUUUCGCUGAAGGAUUUUGUACUAAACUUGAGGUCUCUUGUGUUUCCAAGAGAGCCGGCGGACUUGCACAUGUCAUUACCUGACCUGCACAUGGUUUCAGUGAAUAGCGUUCUUGCUCAGGGCAUGAAUAUGAAGAAAAAACAUGAAGUGGAAGUUCUUUCUGCUAUUGUUAGUUCAAUUGCUGACAGUGUAAGAGCUCAUACCAUUGUCGAUGUUGGUGCUGGCCAGGGUUAUCUUGCACAAGUAUUAUCCUUUCAGUAUCAACACUCUGUGAUUGCGAUUGAUGCAUGUUCUCACCAUGGAAGGGUCACAGAUGCACGUGCAGAACGAAUAAAGAAGCAUUAUGCAGCUCAAAUGCGUAAAUCUAAAUCAGGAAACUGGAGCUUCAAUGUGCCCAAGACAAUCACCUGUCGUGUAAUUUCCAUUGAUAUGUUGAAAACAUUGAUAGGCAUGUCUCUUCAUAAAGGUGAUGCUGAGCACCUUGGAUUGUUCAAAGAAGAUAACGCAAAACUUAUAGACGAAGAACCAAAAUCUCAAUGUGUUGCAAACAGUGGUACUUCAUUGGUACUUGCAGGACUUCAUGCUUGCGGUGAUCUUUCAGUAACAAUGCUUAAGGCGUUUUUGGAGUGCAAAGAUGUUAAAGCUGUUGUUAGCAUUGGGUGUUGUUACAACUUAUUGUCCGAAGAAGGUGCUGACAAUAUUGAAACCCACUGUGGGUUUCCUAUGAGUAGUGGUGUUAAGUCAGCUGGCUUUCCACUUGGAAAGAGUUCUCGUGAUCUUGCUUGCCAGAGUGCUGAGCGAUGGAAAAGCCUGGAAAAAGAUGACGGCCUUCAUAAUUUUGAGUUGCAUUCUUUUCGUGCUGCUUUCCAGUUGGUUCUUUCUAAAUAUUAUCCAGAAGUCAUGGAAACAAGCCCUUCUAUUGGUCGUCAAGGAAAGGCUUUGCGUCGCAGACAGCAGAGGAAAGUGGAAGCUCCAUUGCAUCAUAAAGAAGUUGCAUGUCCACAUUUGCAUCCAAACCAGAAAGGACGUUUCCCUAACAUAGACCCCAAUGAACCUGAAACAGAUGAAACAUCACGCUUGGCAAUAGACACAGAUGCCUUAUUGACUGGAAUUUCAUCCUGUGAGAGUACGAGAUGUGAAGGGCCUAAAACUGUUGACAAAUAUAAACAUUUUGAGAAGUUCACCCAGUCUGGAUUAUGUCGUCUUGGUCUCAAACCUUUGGAGAGGAUCAAUUUCCAUGAAAUAUGGAAGGAAGCAGAGCCAUUCACUGAACUUAUAGGACCUUACUGGUCCCUUAGAGCUGCUUUGGGGCCUCUUUUGGAAACUUUUCUUCUGCUUGAUCGAUUAUUGUUCCUCCAGGAGCAAGGCCAUUCAGUUGAGGUCAUGAUGUUACCUAUUUUUGAUCCAGAUGUAUCUCCAAGGAAUGUUGCUAUAAUUGCAAGAAAGAAUUUGCCACAAAUAUGAUAACUUAGCCAAGAGAGGGGAAAAAAUCUGCAAUAUCAACAGCUGUGAGCAAAGGUCAGGUCUCAAGCUUACGUCCAACCCUCUGCAUAUGAAAACCGUCUUGCCCAUUGCUGCAUUGCCAAUAACAAACUCACUGAUGCGACCAGCGCAAUCUCGAACGCAUGACAUACUUUGAACUGAUAAACCCAGGUGAGUUUUCUUCCUCAAGCUUUCCCGCUCUCUUGCUCUCUCUGUGUUUCUCUGUCUCACGGCCUUCUCUCUGUGCAAUGCUGAUGACGAGGCCGUUGACCAGCCACCAGUUGCACAGGCCAGCUAGCAUACAACCUGUCUCCAACCAUUCUCCAUCUCGUCGUACAUAGCUCCCGUGCCACCAAGCCACUCCCCACCACACUUGGACACCGCCCAUGCCAAUAAACCUCGCUAAUUUUUUCUUGGUGCCUAGGCUGAUAUCGGCCAGUGGUAAAACAGACCUAUUCCUCCAUUCUCUCUUAUUUCCCUUCCCAUUUAUCAACCUCUACGUGAAGAAAUUUAUCCAGCUGCUUCGGUUGACCAUCACAGCACCUCUUAUUUCGGCCAUAAACUUUCAAACGGUACAACCUUUCCUCACCAGAUUAUAUAUGUAUGAAUGACAAAUUCUGUAUGAACAUGUUCUUUUCUAAACAAAAGGCGUAUGUUGUUUUGAUGCUUACUGUUCGAAGUGGUUACUUACCAUUGUUUUAUAUGUUAAUCGUCCCAAGUGAACAAUAUUAAUGAUGAGAAGGGGCUGCAGGAUCAGGCGUAGCUUUUGUAGACGAGGCUGGAUCUUAGAGCUUUACAGUUUUCCAAGAGAUUUUCAGUUUAUGCUUUCGUAAUUAGUGGUAAUUAGUGAGGAAAUUUUGUGAAUUAACACAAGACUUAAACAAUUUGAAAUUUUGAAUUGUUUGUACACUUUAUUUAAUAAAAUUUGCAUUGUUUCGGUUU